ACGCGCUUCAUUGUCCCAAUCAUUCAAGUCCAGCGAAAUAUGGAGCAACUACUGACUUUUCCAUCGCGUCCAGAACAUUAACCUUCCUCAUCCUCGGCCAGUCGCGACGGAGACUUCAAUCCAAUCAGAAAGACAAGUCACGCAGUGCUGAAGGACAACAAAGCGUUCGCUCGAGAAGUUUCAAAAGUCGACAGGAGGACAAUCAUGGCAGGGAACCACCCCAUAGCAGGAAGUCCACCUGUUGUACAGGUAGCCAGCCCUUUCGGGUUCGUUAGAGCCCUGGAAUGCGCUGCAGCGGAGAUGUUGCCCCAAAUGUCGACAUAUUGGGAAAUUAUUCUCUAUAUACAAGAGAACUUGGCCAUGGCGAACGGAGCCGUGCGACCUCUGGAGGCAUUGAAGAAUUGGGGCGACGACUUCGACCCUUUCGCGCGCAGAGCCUACAGCUGGCUUUUGGUUCAUCACGAAAGCAACUCGUCGGAGUCCGCCAUUGCUGGGAUCAGCCAUACAAGGCCACGACUUCGGCAACAGAUCAUGGACAGCCUGGCAUCCCACGAGAGGAUCAAUCGAAACACCCAUGUGAAGGGUGCUGUCGACCAAACAUUCCCGGACUCGAUCAAAUCCGAGGUGGACUUUUGGUCUCAGGAGGCUAUAACAAAGAGCAUCAACAACAGGACACCAGCGGCCUCAGCAAUCGCGGAUAUUCCACGAACGAGACAAGAGCAAGCCGUGUACAUCCGAGAAAUGUUUGAUGCUCUGAAGAACACCCAGGACAUCAUUGAGAAAGCGAGCAACCACAAGGUGGGUACCGUCAAGUCAACUAGUGGGAGAGUGCUCCAGGAUCUUGCGUGGGUGCUAUACAGAGAGGCCCGCAACCUUCAACAGGGCAAACCGGGAGUGAACCCUUGGUGCACUUCAUUCAAGUACAAGCAGUACCCUACUCUGCGGGCUCGCUGGAACGACAUGGUGGAAUUCUUUCACACUUCAAAAGCAGCAGUAGCCAACUUGAUUGUCACCCACAGCGAGAAGCGUUUUGCCGGUAACCCGACUAAAGAGAAACAACGCAAGACUGUCAACGACAAAUGCAACAAGAAGAAAGCGACCAGGAUGAAGGACAACGAGGAGAAGGCGGCCACACUCGACAAAGUUGUCAAGGAUGCAAAGGGCAAAGUCGCUACUGCGGAGAGUACUCCGAACAAGGGCAUAGAUGAGGAGAGGGACGCCGAAGACAGUGUGGAUCUGGACGACGAAGCUGAAGAGUUUGAUGACAGCGAGGGAGAACCUAAAGACACCGACAACGAGUCUGACGACGAAGCAACGCAUCUCCUGCAGAAUGCCCAGCAAGAUGUGGGCCGCUACGAUGACAUUAAAGAAGAGCAGGAAAGCGACGAUUUGAACCCUCAGUCAGGGCAAGCAAUGGGCGACUCUGCUGCUUCCACGACUGCCUUCGCAGCAUCUUCACACCCGCAUGCUCCGGCCUACCCACCAUCACCCGGCUUGAUCGGCCGUCGGCGACAGGUCCGAGCUAUAUCCCCCGACGAAGGACACCAUUCAAGCAUCAUGCCUUCCAUUGAACACGAGUCAUAUGGCCCUUUUCAUGCUGGCGGUGUGGUGAGCCAAAACGAUCACGACCGAUACGUCGAUGAUGCCAAUGGCAAUGACCGCGGCUCGUUACAGCUACCCAGUCAACCCGUGAAUUAUCCGGAACAGCCACUGCACCAGCACACUAGUCCGAGCCCCCCCGAGCUCCCUAGUGGGAUUGGCUUCGUGAAGGAGGAAGAAAUACCGCAGUCGGUAGUCACAACUUCACACAUUGCCCCUAUGCCACUCAACACCGGCACUAGUGGUGUCGGUGGAGGAGCACAGGACAACACUGAUCUGCGGGAUAGUACCAACUCUUCUCGUUCUCGGGCUAGGAGGAACAGACAUAGCUCCGAGGACAGCAGCGACAGUCAUGCUCAGGCUCGUGCCAGGAGGCGUCCCCGUAUUUAG